AUGGCUGUUGCGCUGGUCGGCCGGUUGUUUGACGGGCCGAUUGACAUCGUUGCAGACAUUCAUGGCGAGUGUGGCGCUUUGACGUCGCUGCUGGAUCAUUUGGGCUACGAUGGCAACGGAGAGCACUCGGAGGGUCGACGGCUUGUGUUCCUUGGCGACCUGGUGGAUCGUGGACCUGACUCUCCAGGAGUCAUUCGAUUGGUGAGGCAUCUGGUGGAGAAGGGGAAGGCCCAGUGUAUUCUGGGGAACCAUGAGCUGAAUCUUCUUCGCAACGAGCACAAGCACGGGAACCACUGGUUCUAUGGCGAGCCUGAGGUCAUUCGCAAGGAUAAGGCGGCGCAAAGCUUCCAAGUCCUCGCAGACGAAGCAUUUCGAUCCGAGGUCCGCGAAUUCUUCCUGACCCUCCCCAUGGCCUUGGAGCGGGAGGACCUUAUUGUGGUGCAUGCUGCUUGGGACGAAGCGUCAGCGGAGAAGCUGAGAAGCUUCGAUGGAAACGCCAUUGGAGCCUAUGAUUUCUUCGACAAGCAGAUUCAGGCUGCAAUAGUGGCAGAGAGUAUCACGGAUCAAGAUGAGAUCGAUAUGCGCGAGCAGAAUCUGAACCCCAUCAAGGUCAUGUCCUCCGGCUAUGAAGGAAAGGCUGCCGAACCCUUCUUCGCCGGUGGCAAGAUGCGGACUCUGGAGCGCCUGAGGUGGUGGGAAUCUUACGAGGCAAAGGAUGACAGGCUGGUGGUAAUCGGGCACUACUGGCGCCGCUUUCUGGACGAGGUGAGCCCUCAAGUUUUCGAGAAGUAUCCGAAGGGCUUUGCGCCGUCUGGUGCCGACAUGUUUCCCGGCUACUCGCCGAAUAGUUUGCUGGGGACAAGGAGGAAGGUAAUGUGCAUCGACUUCUCUGUCGGAGUACGAUACGAAGAGAGGGGCAUGGGUUUGCCGGAGGGCAGCUUGGGUACGGCGCUUACAGCACUGCGGCUCCCCGAGAUGACGCUGCACCGGAAUGACGCCAAAGUUCUGUUGUGCGGGUGA